AUGAGUUCGCUGAGCAUGGUGGAGGCGAGGCUGCCGCCGGGCUUCAGGUUCCACCCGCGGGACGACGAGCUCGUGCUCGACUACCUGUCCAGGAAGCUCGGCGGCGGUGGCGCCGGAGGGGCGGCGGCCGCGGUGGCGAGCAUCUACGGCUGCCCCGCCAUGGUCGACGUCGACCUCAACAAGAUCGAGCCCUGGGACCUCCCCGAAAUCGCAUGCAUUGGCGGCAAGGAGUGGUACUUCUACAGCUUAAGGGACAAGAAGUACGCUACAGGCCAGCGAACAAAUAGAGCAACUGAAUCAGGCUACUGGAAGGCCACAGGGAAAGACCGUGCGAUAAGCGGGAAAGGGUUGCUAGUUGGCAUGAGAAAAACCCUGGUGUUUUAUGAAGGUAGAGCCCCUAAAGGGAAGAAGACUGAAUGGGUCAUGCACGAAUUCCGCAAGGAAGGGCAAGGCGAUCUGAUGAAGUUGCCACUCAAGGAGGACUGGGUCUUGUGUAGGGUUUUUUACAAGACCAGGACAACCAUUGCCAAACCAUCCACAGGGAGCAACUACAACAUUGACAGUGCAGCCGCAACCUCACUGCCUCCUCUCAUUGACAACUACAUUGCCUUUGACCAUCCUGGAAUGUCGACGGUGCAAAACCUAGAGGGUUAUGAGCAAGUGCCCUGCUUCUCCAAUGGCCCCUCCUCUCACCCGUCGUCGUCGGCCUCGAUGAACAUCCCGGUGAUGGCGAUGGCGCCCAUGGCUGCCGAUCAGGAGCAGCAGCACAUGGGGAAGGCGAUCAAGGACGCGCUGAGCCAGCUCACCAGGUUUGAGCAAGGCAACGUGAAGAGGGAGGCGCCUGCCCAGGGUGGUGUGUUUGCUCAAGAUGGGUUCGAGUACUUAGCUGAGAGUGGCUUUUCACAGAUGUGGAACUCACUCAGUUGA